CUGCCACCAUACUCACUGGACUUGAACCCUAUUGAGGAGUUCUUCUCUGAACUGAAGGCCUAUAUUAAGCGCCAUUGGGCACUCUAUGAAGCCCAGCCUGACCUAGGCUUCGAUACAUUUUUGUAAACCUGCGUCGAUGCUGUUGGUGCGAGAAUUGAUAGCGCCGAAGGUCACUUUCGACAUGCUGGAGUAGCUAUUGAAGAAUAUGAGGAAGACCUUUGAGGAGUUAUGUAUAAUGCAACUAUCUGUCAUUUCACUUUACUAAACUCCGUGAGACCACAGAUCUUGCGAGGGAUCCACGUUAAUAAUUGUACUGUAGCAUGACAGGGAUUGAUUGUUUGGCUAGUGCGAUCCGUUGCAGUGGCUGAAGUCGGAUUCUCCUUGCGUGCGUAGUGUAGACAGAGCCUAACACGCUCCCGUAGGUAGUCUAUCCGCCACUGACGGCCCUCUCUGUAGUUCGGCGCUAUAUGUUUGUAUUCGUACGUGCAAGUAGUACUCCUUUCUUGAGGAGUAGGGUCUGGAAUGCUUCCUGCUCGCUUUAUUGACUCGGAGAUGUUGAUUAACCCGGUUAGCCAAAGGCGGUAGUCGCGGAGCGAUUCUAAAUAAGCAUAUGCGUAUUUGCUUGUCCACCCACAUUUGUAGGCACACUCUCCACUUGUAAUCCUGCCGAUGAGCACAUCUCCGAGUUCUAGCCUUGCCAAAUUCCUUUGUUCUUCUAGAAGACCCAAUUCAACCCGUCAGUCAUCCGCAACACGAGCCAUCAGAAUCAACCGAAGGUUUCUCACAAAAUACUCUCCGUUCAUGUCAAGAUCCCAUCCUGGCAGUACGGAGGCAAAAUCUGAUACCGUUGACCUCGCUGGAAUCGCGAAACCUGGACUGGAGCCACCCCGCUGGGGGACCAGCCCGUCCUCCUAAAGCCAGCCCGCUUGUCGCAGCCUGAUUCAUCAAUGUAGACCAGGUGGUACGAGCGAAAAUUGGACAGCUGAUAUAAGUAGUAAUCUCUCAAGUCGCAUUUCUUUCUUGUGCUAUCCGUCGAGCCACUUUUUUAGUCCAACCAUGUGAUCGAAGGGCCCGGCUGAUCGUGUAUGUAGAUACAACCAAGUCGAAUUCGUCGUACAAAAACUCCGCCAUCUCAUCCAGGUAUAAGUCCGGUUUUCCUAGCAAGUGGUCGCAUAGCGCUUCAAGAAUGAGAGGCGUAAUCGAGCGAGGACGGCCGCCAGGGAUUAAGGGCGCUCGGGCAUCGCCGAAUAUUCGGAGGUUGGCACUGAUAGUUAUUAUCGAACGUCUGCUGCAGCAGCCGCUUCGGCCAUCUGAGAAGUAGUCAGUGAAUCACUGGCGAUCAUAUCGCGAAUCAUCCCAAGCUGGGAUGGGGCAAGUCGGGGCGCCAUGAUGGUCUUCGGCACGCUUUGAAUUGAAGAAGGUUCGUGGGGUGGUCAGAGGUGGGCAGAAGGGUAGAAAGCUAAGCCUAAAGGGGCUCGGGCCGACGGCGGGCCCGAUAAUUAAGCAAACACCAGCACGCCGACGAUAGAUUUGUCUCUGUCCCCUGUGGCACGGUGAUAUUAAGUCAUGGCAUUCCACGUUAAGCAUAUCUUAUGGCAGGGCCCAUGUAAUGGGAACAAUUUCCCUCUAAUCUCUAGCUACGCGUUGACUAGGGAGAACAUGAUGACUAGUUGUUGGUUUGUAUUAAAAAUGAGAUGCAGUUUGCUUCACGGCCUCACGCUUGGCGCCCAAUUACCCCGCUUUAUCUCGCGAGAUAACCUUAGCCUCUCAUCCUGAAUCCUAAUGACUUCGCUUUCAAUCUACUACUUGGGAAAUAGGCGUCUAUGCCACGAUCUUUAAAUGGAUGGUAUAUCCUCAGCGGCGAGCGUCAUCGCUGUUAUUCAACUGACGGGAAGCCUUGUGAAGCUUUGUGGGGGCUACAUUCGAGAGGUGAAAGAUGCUCGAAAGGAAAUUAGAACCCUACAACAGGCAAUUGCAGGCCUUCAAGGGACACUCCAAGACCUCGAAAAGCUCCUUCAAAGUGACAACGCAAAUGCCCUACCUACAUCCUCACGACUAGUCAGUACCGUUGCCGAUUGCCUGUCCGAUCUCCAAAGCUUACACGCGAGACUUGAGCCAGGAAAAGGCAAAAAGCUGAUGAGUAAAUUUGGAUACCGAGCCCUAAAGUGGCCCCUGAAUCGCACAGAGGUGGAGGACGUUGUGAAGAACCUCGAAAGAUAUAAAUCUUCAUUCCUCUUAUCUUUUCAGGUGGAUCAGACUGCUCUAAUGGUGGGCGUGGCCCAUAAUACCGAUCGUAUCAAUCGACAUAUAGGUCUAGAGAAGUUGGAAGGCGCGAUAGACGCCGGGUUUGAGUCAUUCUCCGAUCGAGACGAAGCCCAAUGCCUCCAAGGCACCAGGACCGAGCUCCUCCAGAAGAUUAUGGAGUGGGCCAAUUCGACAAACCCAAAAAUUAUUUUCUGGCUAAAGGGAAUGGCGGGGACAGGAAAAUCCACAAUAUCUCGGACUGUGGCACGGUCGCUCAAGGACACCAACCAUCUAGGUGCCAGCUUCUUCUUUAAGAGGGGUGAAGGGGACCGAGGGAAUGCAAAGAAGUUUUUUCCAACAUUAACAAGGCAACUGAUGCUUUGGAGUUCUGAGCUGAGGUCUAGCGUCCAAGAGGCACUGGAUCGUGACCCUGACAUUGCGUCGAAAUCGCUUAGGGAGCAGUUUGAGAACCUACUCCUUCAACCGCUGCUUCGUCUUGACCAACUCGGCCGACGACCUCAAACCGCUGUGAUAGUGAUCGACGCUUUGGACGAAUGUGAACAUGAUCAAGAUGUCCGAAACAUAAUUCGACUACUACCUCUUCUACAGAAGGCAAAAUCGGUUCACCUUCGGAUCUUUUUGACCAGCAGGCCUGAACUUCCUAUUAGCCUUGGGUUUUCAGAGAUCAGAGGUCAUCAAUAUCAGGACUUAGCUCUUCAUGAGAUACCCGAAGAGGUGACAGAACACGACAUACGUUUAUACCUAGAGAACCGAUUUACAAAAAUCAAACAUGACCGAAACAUCUCCCAAGACUGGCCUGGCGAUAAGGCCAUCCAAGAACUGGUCAGGAUCUCAGUUCCACUCUUUAUUUCGGCUGCGACUGUGUGCCGUUACAUUGAAAACUCAAAAUUGGAGCCCAAAUUGCGCCUCGCAGAGCUCCUGAAGGACCAAGCCAAAUAUGUAUCAAGAAUGGACAAAACAUACCUGCCAAUUCUAACACGAUUACUCGAUGAUCAAGAGAGUGAUGAGCUCGAGCAGCAGCAGCUUCUACAAGAGUUCCAGGCCAUAGUUGGUGUUAUUAUCCUUCUUGCUGCUCCUCUUUCCAUAAACGCGCUGUCGCUGUUUCUUGGGAUAGGAGCAGACCAGAUCAGCAAUCAAUUAGAUACGUUCCGAUCGGUGUUAAGUGUUCCUGGUGGCCGAGAUCAGCCUGUUAGGAUUCACCAUUUAUCAUUUCGGGAGUUUUUGGUCCAGUCCAAAACCAAGUUUCUUGUGGAUGAGCCAAAAACACAUAGAGACAUUGCUAAGCACUGUCUCAAAACUAUGCGGACUUACCUACAGAAAGAUGUGUGCAAACUAGAAAGCCCUGGAACGCGUAAGGCAGACAUCAGCUCUGAAAAUAUUCGCCCGUACCUACCACCUGAAUUGCAAUACGCUUGUCGCUACUGGAUACACCAUCUAAAAGAAAGUCGGGGUGUAUCUUCUGAGAUAGAUGAUGUGCGACUAUUUCUCCAGAAGCAUUUUCUGCACUGGGUGGAAGCGAUGAGCCUGCUGGGACUUAUAUCAGAGGUAGUGGGUAUGCUUGAUCUCCUCUACACGGAUAUACGAGGCGAUGAUAAGUCUGUGUUGACUGACUUUGUACAUGAUGCAAAGCGCUUUGUUCUGAAGAAUUUCCAGAUUGCUGAUGAAGCACCACUUCAGAUAUAUAGCGCAGGAUUGGUGUUUGCACCCCAGAAAUCAUUAAUUCGUACAGAGUUUGGAGAGGAUGUUCCAAGCUGGAUAUGCCAGCUGCCAAAAGUCAAUGAGAGGUGGGGCGCGGAAUUACAGACUCUGGAGGGCCAUUCCAGCUGGGUUCAGUCCGUGGCCUUCUCGCCUGACAGCCGGCUACUGGCAUCCGGCUCUAGUGACGAGACAGUGCGUCUCUGGGACACGGCCACGGGCGGCCUGCAGCAGACUCUGGAGGGCCAUGGGACAGUCACUGAACUCCAAUUUUCUCAAGAUGGUUCAUAUGUCAACACUAACCUGGGGUCACUCAACAUUCAAUCCAGCUGUGGCAAUAAUCUAUCUGAUUCACCAAGAACGCAUUCUGAUAUACUUAUUAACGGUCGAGAUUGGAUAAAAUUAAAGGGCACACAAGUAUUAUGGCUUCCCCCUGAGGCCAGACCUUCAUGUUCAGCGAUCAGAUUGAAUACCCUUGCCCUAGGACACCCUUCAGGUCGAAUUUCAUUUAUUGGGUUUAGGGUAUAACGGGUGUUGGUUAAUUCAAAUUCUCUUCUAUCCUCUAUUUUAUAAUCUCUUUGUAAAAGGAGGGCCUGGGGGAGGUGGUAAAUUUAUCUAUAU